UCCGGGCGCGGGUUUGCCCGCGCUCAAGCCCCGCGCUGCUAAGGGGCGGCGCCGGCCGCAGUCAGGCUUUCCGCGCCAAAUUUUUAAAUCGAAGGCGGAAGGUCCAGACCCGCCCCUGGGGCCGCCAACCAAUCGCAGGCCCGCAGCUGGCACUCUCAUUGGCCGAGAAUCGUUGCCCUAGAAACCGCGAAGAUGCGGUCCGGGAACUGCCCCGCUGGCGGCGCGCGGACUGGGCCCGGCGGGGGAGGGGCAGUUGGCCUGGCGCAAGGGGAAGUGCGCGGGGCGCGGAGCCGGUGGCGGCGGGGAGACUGUACCUGGUUGCCUUACUGAGCAAGUGCAGCCUUCCAUGGUGGGCUCCAACACUGUGGCCGGAACUGGCCACCUGAAUAGCGAGUAUACAGCGCUUUAAGGAAGCCGCAUCUUUAAAGUCUUAAAAAAAAAAAAAGUAGUUGAUCAUAAGGCACUCUUUAAAUGUCCAGAGUACGUUUGGAGCUUAAGGACUGAAUUUGGAAGUUACCUAUCAAGCUAUUUCCCAAGACUUUACUGCUGAGCCUAUGCACGUGCGUGUCAAGGGAGAAAUUCCGGUAGCUAGAAGCAGUCUUUUAUCCAGAUACUUGGGGUCCUAUCUGUUUAGCUGGAACCUGGGCUCGUGCGCAGAGUCCUGAGCUCUGAUCUGUGAACAGGAUAUUAAACUUUUUAAUUGGACUACUUGAACCACCAGGAUUUUAGGAAGAACUGCAGAUUUUUCAUUUUUAAAGAAACUAAAUGUACGAGAAAUUUACAGAAUGGAGAACGAAAAGGAAAAUCUCUUUUUCGAGCCACAUAAAAGGGGACUGAUGAAAACACCUCUGAAAGAAUCUACUACAGCAAAUAUUGUGUUGGCAGAGAUCCAGCCUGACCUUGGCCCUUUAACCACACCCACCAAGCCCAAGGAAAUCUCCCAGGGAGAACCGUGGACACCAACAGCCAACCUAAAAAUGCUCAUCAGUGCCGUGAGCCCCGAGAUCCGCAACAGAGAUCAGAAAAGGGGUUUGUUCGACAACAGAAAUGGAUUACGUGAAGCCAAAGAUUGUUUACAUGAACACUUAUCUGGAGAUGAAUAUGAGAAAUCCCAACCUAGCCGCAAAGAAAAAAGUUUAGGAUUGUUGUGUCAUAAGUUCUUAGCUCGAUAUCCCAAUUACCCCAACCCUGCUGUGAAUAACGACAUUUGUCUUGAUGAAGUCGCCGAGGAACUAAAUGUCGAGCGCCGACGAAUUUAUGACAUCGUCAACGUCCUAGAGAGUUUACACAUGGUGAGCCGCCUCGCCAAAAACAGGUACACUUGGCACGGAAGACACAAUCUCAACCAAACCCUUGGGACUUUGAAAAGCGUCGGCGAGGAGAACAAGUACGCCGAGCAGAUUAUGAUGAUCAAAAAGAAAGAGUAUGAACAAGAGUUUGACUUUAGUAAGAGUUGCAGUAUAGAGGAUCCCAUCACCAAAUCAAACACUAGCCAGAACGGGCACCCGGACAUGUGUUUUGUCGAACUCCCUGGAGUGGAAUUUCGGGCAGCCUCUGUAAACAGCCGCAAAGACAAGUCUUUAAGAGUAAUGAGCCAGAAAUUUGUGAUGCUGUUUUUGGUAUCAACACCUCAGAUAGUAAGCCUGGAAAUUGCUGCCAAGAUUUUAAUUGGUGAGGACCACGUGGAAGAUUUGGAUAAAAGCAAGUUUAAAACAAAAAUUAGGAGGUUGUAUGAUAUAGCUAAUGUUCUGAGUAGCCUGGAUCUUAUCAAGAAAGUUCAUGUUACAGAAGAAAGAGGCCGAAAACCAGCUUUUAAAUGGACAGGCCCAGAAAUUAGUCCAAAUCCCAGUGGUCUCAGCCCAGUCCUUCCCUUUACUCCCUCUGAUUUGGAAGUGAGGCGGCCUUCAAAAGAGAACUGUGCCAAAAACCUCUUUUCCACACAUGGGAAACCAAACUUCACUCGACACCCAUCUCUCAUCAAACUGGUAAAGAGCAUAGAAAGUGAUCGGAGAAAGAUAAAUUCCGCUCCCAGUAGCCCUAUCAAAACCAACAAAGCUGAGAGUUCUCAGAAUUCUGCGCCUUUCCCGAGUAAAAUGGCCCAACUCGCAGCUAUUUGCAAAAUGCAGUUAGAGGAGCAAUCAAGUGAACCCAGAAAAAAAGUGAAAGUCCAACUGGCAAGAUCUGGGCACUGCAAGCCCGUGGCCUCUCUGGACACUCCAGCAAAUGCUGAGCUGGAGAUGACGGCGCCGUCCCUCAUCCAGCCUCUGGGGGUGCUCCCCCUCAUCCCCAGCCCAUUGUCAUCGGCAGUGCCCGUGAUCCUACCUCAGGCCCCUUCGGGCCCAUCUUAUGCCAUCUACUUGCAGCCUGCCCAAGCCCAAAGCGUGACGUCGCCCCAAGGCCCGAGACCCUCGGUCUGCCCCACCCCUUCUUCUAAAGCUGCAGGAUCAAAAGACUCCACCGAUGCCACCACUGAGAACGCAGCCAGUGAUGUGACCAAGUGCAGUGCCUCUACCAGGCCGGAGAGACAAGGGCCAAAGAACCGAGAUAGGGAGCCUGCUGGAGAAAGGGGCUCAAAGAGAGCAAGCCUGCUCGAGGACGCUGGUUCCAAAAAGAAAUUUAAAGAAGACCUGAAAGGACUUGAAAAUGUCUCCGCAACCUUGUUCCCAUCAGGAUACCUAAUCCCUCUCACCCAGUGCUCAACCCUGGGGGCAGAAUCCAUUUUGUCUAGUAAAGAAAACUCAGGUACACUUUCCCCAAACCACAGGAUCUACAGCUCCCCAAUCGCAGGUGUUAUUCCAGUGACAUCCUCCGAACUCACUGCUGUUAAUUUUCCCUCUUUUCAUGUAACACCUUUGAAGCUAAUGGUCUCACCAACUUCCGUGGCGGCCGUCCCCGUGGGGAACAGCCCGGUUCUCACUUCGAGCCACCCUGUUCCCGUCCAGAACCCGAGCUCAGCCAUUGUAAACUUCACCCUGCAGCACCUGGGGCUCAUCUCCCCCAGUGUGCCGGUGUCCGCCAGUCCCGGGCCCGGCACUGUACCCGUGUCUCCAAGAAUAGAGGCUGUUAGCGUCGCACCAGAAAAUGCAGGCGCUCAGCAAGGAAGGGCCACCAAGUAUGACACUCCAGUCCCGGGCCAGAACCAAACAAAUGGACAAUCAGUGGCUGUGAUGGGGGCACAGCAGCCUGUUCCUGUGACACCCAAAGGGUCUCAAUUAGUGGCCGAAAGUUUCUUCCGUACCCCAGGCGGACCAACGAAGCCGACCGGCUCAGCCUAUGUGGAUUUUGAUGGUGCUGAUAAAACCUCCAUAGCAUCUCUCUUUGUCCCACAGCGAAAACUGGAAGUCUCAACGGAGGAUGUCCCCUAAAGGACAGAUGUGGCUUCAUUUAAUUUUCUAAAGAGUUCUUUAAGAGAGAAGAUGUUACUCAGACUGAUAGAGAGAACACAUUCUCUGAAAAUACUGUAAAUAUGUUGGGAGUUUACGUAAUUUCAAAACAGACACUUGUUUUCAUACUUAUACAUACACUCACACAUAUAAAUAUAUAUUUGUAUUAAGCUACGUUCAGCUAUCAGUCUUACAAAAUAAAAGUAAAAUGUUGAACUAAGGUAUAAUAACUUCCAGGGAGGAAGAUUCAUUUCUUUCAGCUGUGCCUCUACUAUUAUGCAGAAUAACUGUGUUAAAGUUUACUUCCCUUUUGUGAAUCUGUGACAGGCCUAACACAGCAUUUUCUUCAACUGUGCACAAAGAAAACGCUGUGAUGUAUAAUAUUGUAUUUUUAAAUAGAAGGGCUGUAGCUAUAUUUUUUUGUAAUUGCUUUAAUCCGUUGUGGUUGCAGUAUGUCUUUGUAAAGUUCGCAACAAUCCUCAAUCACGUCCAUGGAAAAAUUAUUUAUAAAAUGUAUUUUUAAUCAUAAGUUGUUCAAAUUAAAACUUU